GAGGCUUCGGGAGAGACGAACAAAUGCCACGCCUCACGGCCGGACAUUGGAGCUCGCCGCGCAUCGCCCCAAAUCCCGUUGGAACUCGCCGCAUCGCCCCCAAUCCCGUUGGAACUCGCCGCAUCGCCGACGAGCGUGCGGUGGCAGUGGUGCUGAACUCUUCCGCCAUUCUCUGUCUGUCUUCCUCUCCUACCACCACCAACUGAGAAGCGAGACGGCGCACCGUCUUAGGAGGAGGAGCACGCAGGUCUUCUUCUAGCGGCCGGAGCUUCGGCGCAGGCCACGUGUUCGACGGAAUGUCUGAGAGGCUCAACUACGAAGAAAACAUCGAAACGGCAGCGGCCGGCGGCGAGGACCGUGUAGGCACCUUGCCGGACCAGCUCCUGCAGACGAGCUUUCGUGGAGGCAACCUGCUCGACAGAAUGUCCAAGAGGCAUCACGACGAGGGAAACAUGGAAAGGGCGGUGGCUGGUGGCGAGGACCGCAUCAGCGCCCUCCCGGACGAACUCCUCCAGUACAUGAUGUCAUUCCUGCUUUCCCGCGACGCCGUGCGGACAUGCGUGCUCGCUAGGCGCUGGCGCAUGCUCUGGAAGUCCGUGCCCUCCCUACGCAUUGAUGAUCCCGAGAGCUACCACGGCGCUACGGGCUCCAGCUUGUUUGUCAAUGAGCUGCUUCGUCUCCGUGACCCAACGCCUCUGAAUACAUGUGACAUCCGUUCUGGUUGUCAGGAGACUGCGAACACCAAUUGGGCCAAGGAGGCAUUCCGACACAUGGAACCAUGGCUCCUGUAUGCUUUAUCCUGUCAAGUUCCAGUGCUUCGAAUUUGUUUUCCCUGGCGGGUAAUCAACAUGACUCUUGUCUCAUCGCACUUGAAGAGGUUACAUCUUUACCGCAUGCGAUUUGAGGGAUGCUCUCUGGAUUUUUCGAGCUGUCAGGUGCUACAGGUGUUAGAGAUGAAAGCUUGUCAUAUCCAUGUGAAUCUCUUGUCCCAGUCAUUACGAUUUCUUAAAAUUCACUACACGAGUUUUGGUUUUGAUCCACGCACUCGUAUUUCUGCCCCAAAUCUCAUUGGCUUCAGACUAGCUCCAUUUUACGGUUUGGCUCCUUUGCUUGAUAGCAUGCCAUCACUGGUAGCAGCAUCUAUUACACUUGGAGAAAUGUGCGAGGAAAUGUGUUACUGUGGAAAUCUAUCAUGUGGGGGAUGCGAUGCUCAAGCCGGUAACAACGACUAUCCUGUGGCUCUCCAAGGUUUGUCAGGUGCUACGAAUUUGAAGUUGACAGCAAUAUCUUAUCCGAUAAGGCUGUCUGUUUUGAGAAUGGAUUUGACAUGGCGCCCCAUGUUCAGGAAGCUAAAAAAGUUGUUGCUCAAUGAGUGGUGUGUGGCUGAUGAUUUCACUGGAUUGAUUUACUUUCUCCAGCACUCACCCAUUCUAGAGACACUGAUACUAAAGCUUGAUUUGCAAACUUCUGAGGAUUAUCAUUUGAACGAAAUUGAUGGAAGUUGUAACUCAGGGGAACAAUCAUUGCUAUCACAACAUCUCAAGGUAGUCAAAAUUAUAUGUGGCACGCAGGAAGAUGUGAUAGUUCACCGUAUUUCAAAGAUCCUAUGUGCCCAUGGAGUACCUUCUGAGCAAAUUCAGAUAGAAUAGACCUUCUGUUUGAUUGCAGGGUUCCAUUUCUAUUGGGAGGCGUUGUUCGGCUGGUCUACUUCGCCCUCUGUUCUUCGGUCUUCAUGGAUCUAGCACCAUCAAGUUGCUGCUUUUCGUCUACUAGCUAAGUGUCCCAUUCGUAUGAACUCGCUCAUAUGUAAUUUGCUGCGUACUUUGUUGCUCGAAUGCAGUAAGAACAUGUUUGAAGUGUCGCCAUAGUCCUAGUGCACUUUUUGCUCAUUUGGUGAACUGAGUGUGAGGCCUGAACCUAUUUGCCUGCUGAAGGCCUCUGUUCUGGUAAGAUGUUUCAAGGACCUGUCUAGUGUUGUUUCAGGAUUGCGGUAAUUAAUGUGUACGGUGUGAUUGUCUGGCUUCUUUCUGAA